AUAACUCACCUCUAUGGAGCAAAUGGGCUCCUAGCGUUCCCGGACCUCCAAAGCCAAUACCACCUACCAAACAGCGAAAUAUUCACAUAUUUACGCAUAAAACAUAUCUUAGGGGCCACCGGCAAGGAAAGGACACCAACACAACCCCAAAACCACUUUGACUUGCUAUGCCAAGGUCAAAAAACCCCCAAAAAACCACUCUCCCUGUGUUACCAUAGGUUGCUAGACAUAGAUAGACCGGCCAAACAAUCAUACAUGCUCAAAUGGGAAAAAGAAUUGAACUGUGAACUCGAGAAUGGGAAGUGGAUAGGGACCAUGACACUGGUUAAACGGGCGACAAAGUGCUUGGACCAUGUAGAAGCAGCCUACAAGAUGUGGAUGCAGUGGUACUACAUGCCACACAGGUUGGCCCAAAUAUACCCAGGGGUGCAGUAUAGAUGUUGGCGUUGCAGCCAACAAGGGGGAAACACGAGCCACAUAUUCUGGUACUGCCCGGCACUCAGCCAAUACUGGCAACACAUCCAAGACAUAAUUAAAUCCAAACUAGGAAAACAAUUACCACUCAAACCCGAACACUAUCUGCUCCACAUGCUACCCCGAGACUUUACAGCCUAUGAAGCAGUGCUGACUACCCACAUCACCUUAGCAGCUAAAACGUGCAUAGCCGCCUUGUGGAAAACAACGACAGUACCUGACAUAAAAACAGUACUCGCCAAAAUAAGCCUCACCCAACA